UGUCUCAUUCCCCACUCCGACCUGUGGUUUGUGCUAUCUGACGUGAGAUAAGCGUCGGUGGAAAGCUAGCAGUCUGAACUAUGGAGCAGAUACAUGAUAUCCAGGUCGUUCCGUGCACCAACUCCAAUUAUCUGAAACCAUUCAGGGUGCACUAUAACCAGAAUGGGACGAAGAAAUCGUGGGACUUCAUGCGAACUCAUGACAGUGUUUCGGUGCUGAUCUUCAACACCACCUCACACUGCUUCAUCUUGGUCAAGCAGUUCCGCCCAGCCGUGUACAUGUGUGAGUGGGAGAGGACCAAGGAGCCAGCCGUGCAGGCAGCGGCGGGGGAGGAGGAAGGGGCUGCAGCCACUGCCAUCCCGGAGACUCCCAUCGGCGAGACUCCCCAGGAGGAGGCUGUUGCUACGGCUGGGGGCGUCAAGACCCACCAGCCCCCGGGCUCGACGGGUAUGACCUACGAGCUGUGUGCAGGCCUGGUGGACAAGGCCGACCUGUCGCUGGAGGAGAUUGCCAGGCAGGAGGUGCUGGAGGAAUGUGGCUACGACGUGCCAGUCGCCAAGCUGCGGAGGAUCACCUCGUACAGCUCCGGCGUAGGUGUGACAGGAGCCAAGCAGACCAUGUUCUACGCCGAGGUGUCGGACGAGAACCGCGUGGGCGAGGGCGGAGGCGUGCCUCAGGAGGGGGAGCUGAUCGAAGUGGUCAAAGUGCCCCUCCAUGAGGCCAUGACCUUUGCCUAUGACGAGAGCAUCCCCAAGACCAUGGGCGUCAUCUUCAGCUUCAUCUGGUUCCACAACAACAUGUCGCCCAAGUACAAGAUUUCCACCAACGUGUAACCCACCCAACCCCGUCCUUGCACUCUUGAGCCUGAGGUAGAAGUUGCAGUCAACAACAGAUCUGGGAUCAGAAGACCCUAACCCCAAGCCUAAUCUUUACUAUUAAGGGUAUGGAGAAAAAUAUCUGAGCCUGUGUCAGUGGUUAGAGACAACUUCAAUCUACUCCCAACACCUUGCCUCUGACCAUUUCCAUAUAAAAUGGCCCCGUGGUAACCAUUUUUGUCUUGUUACUAACCAUGUUCUUUUUUGGGGGUUUGUCAAAUAUUUGAUCUUAAUUAAUUUUCCUCUAAAACUUGCCAUAUUCACUUUUUGUUGUGUGUAACCUUUUCCUCACAGAGGUCACGAAGAUGGCGACAUCACUCUUGUCCAGAGCUGCUCGUCUGUAGUUGAUUUGAUCACGUUCCAGGAAUGAGAAAAUGUUGUUUCUUAUUCAGUGCCAGAGUUUAUCACAUAUGACGGUCGUUGCUGAGUCUGUUAAAUUGCCACAGCUUUUCCAGGCACGCCUUGCUUACUUUCUCUAUGAUCUACACAGCCUCAAAGCCAGUGUUUCUCAUUCUUGUGUCUUGGGGGGCAUUUUUAGCCCAGCCAAGCACUACCACUCCUAAUUUAACAAAUUAAUGAGUUGAGUAACUGCUGGGCUAGAAAAAAAAAUGGGUCCCCUCACGUCCAGGACUGGGAGACACUUCUCUAAGCAAUAGUUUGAUAGUUGGUUGUUUGAUCAUGUCUAGAAACAAAUCAACAUUUCAGUUUGCUUAGGUGUUUAGAUAUGUUGUAAGCAUUGCAUUGAAUCUAGGGCUGUCACUACAGUAGUGCGUGCUCUGAGGUCACAAGAUAUUGUACUUUUGAUAGAGGCUUCUUUUAACUACCACAGGAAUAUCACCUACCUCUACACUGAUAAGCUUUAUUUCAGUUACUAAUGUCACAAUACCAGUACCACAACACACCGUAUCACAAUACUCAGAGGUAUUGUAAAAUCGUGAUACUACAAUACUCAUCACGAUAAUGCGAUAAUUGUGAGUAUCGUGAUACUGCGCAUUGUGAUAACACUAGUAAACACCAUACGAUUAAUUGUGAUAUUGUGAGAACCUUCUGGUGGACAAUUGCUCUCACACGUAUACAUGUGUGUUAACAGGAAGGCUUCACCGAUACUGGCUGAGAACAACCGCGUUUUUAUGUCUCAGACAGUGUUUUGUUUUUUUCCUAAUGAAGGAAAGUGAUGUCGAGCCCCUAUGAGCCUCCGUAGAAUGGAGCAGGGUCAAUGGGAGUUUUGUUUUGGGAAAUUGAAAACCUAGCUUGUAACAUGUCUGAGUAAUUUUAGCAUGCUACUUAACCCAGCUAUCUGGGAUAGCACCUUGAGCCCAUAGUGCUGUUUUGUGAUCCCUUUUUGUUUUUUAACCUGACGCGGGGGGAAAGUUUGAUACCUGCACUGUGUGGGGCUCGAAGGAAAAUGGUUGCUCUUUUUAACUUGGGCCAUGUCUCAGCUUCACAACAGUUUAAUCCUCCCUUUCCCCCCAUGGCUGUUUUGGCCAGACCACUUCAAGACACCCAGAUUUCCACAGAAAUCAACAACGGCAGCUAUUCAAGUCUGUAGUGGUUUGAAACUAGGGUUGCAAAACGUUCCCAGGUUUUUCAGUAAACCCGGAUGGAGGAUUCCAUUCUCAAUUAUUCCCUCCAGUUUUACUAGAAUUCUUUCAAGCGGAAUUUCUGAAAAACCUAGGAAAUUGGGGAAAGGUUCCGGAAUUGUGCAACCCUAUUUGGGAAAGAAAGUGCUUAAGACAACAAUCACAAAAUCACUUGCUUAACGUCUUAGGUUGAACCGUUUUCCCCCUCUCGAUGAGGUGACAUUCAGGGAUCACCAUUCUGCACCUUUUAGCCAUAGGCUUUUUAACCCUUGGGUAUUGUGCUGAUGACAUAUGUCGUAACAUUUCUAUGUAGUUUGCCAAUAUCACAAACUGUCAAAGUCCUAAAUGGUUAAUUGACAAAUCUUCUUUUGGCAACAUAUUAAUGUGUGGAUUCAUGGCCCCUUUCGCUAAAACUUGGUAAAGAUCAGUGGUAAUAUACUGAACAAAAAUAUAAACGCAACAUGCAAUAAUUUCAGAUUUUACUGAGUUACAGUUCAUAUAAAGAAUUCCGACACUUGAAAUGAAUUCAUUAAGCCCUAAUCUAUGGAUUUCACAUGAUUGGGAAUACAAAUAUGCAUUUGUUGGUUGUACCAGUCAGUACCUGGUGUGACCACCAUUUGCCUCAUGCAGUGCGACACAUGUCCUUCGCAUAGAGUUGAUCAGGCUGUUGAUUGUGGCCUGUGGAAUGUUGUCCCACUACUCUUCAAGGGGUGUGCGAAGUUGCUGGAUACUGGAACAUGCUGUCUUGCAGGUCGAUCCCAAACAUGCUCAAUGGACAAACAUGCCCAUGGACAAACUGGGACAUUUUCAGCUUCCAGGAAUUGUAUACAGAUUAUUGCAACAUGAGGCUGUGUAUUACCUUGCUUAUUGCGACAGAUGAAUGGCACGACAAUGGGCCUCCAGGAUUUGGUAUGCAUUCAAAUUGCCAUCGGGUUAACUGUAAAUGGCUUAUGCCUACCCAUAACUUGUAUUCUCUCUAACACAAGGUGUGCCUGUGUAAUUGUUUUAUUUGAUUUAACUUGGCAAGUCAGUUAAGUACAAAUUCUUAUUUACAAUGACUGCCUACCGGGGAACAGUUAUUUUUAUUUUUUAUUUUUGCUUGGGGAUUCGAUCUAGCAACCUUUUGGUUACUGGCCCAACGCUCUAACCACUAGGCUACCUGCUGUCCCAUAAUUAUUAUGCUGUCAGCUUCUUGAUAUGCUACAUCUAUCAGGUGGAUGGAUUAUCUUGGCAAAUGAGAAAUGCUCACUAAGAGGGAUGUAAACAAAUAUUUUUAAAAAACAUUUGAGAGAAAUAAGGUUUUUGUGCAAAUGGAACUUUUCUGGGAUGUUUUAUUUUAGCUCAUGGGACCAGCACUUUACAUGUUGCGUUUAUAUUUUUGGUGUGUACACACACACACAGUGCACUCGGAAAGUAUUCAGACCCCUUCACUUUUUCCACAUUUUGUUAUUAAAUCAUUUUUUGUCCCUCAUCGAUCUACACACAAUACCCUUUACAUAAGUAUUCAGACUCUGUACUCUAGGACGUCUUGAUGGUUCUGAAAGUCUAAAAUGUAAGAAUGAUGGAGGCAACUGUGUUCUUGGGGACCUUCAAUGUUGCAGAAAUGUUUUGGUGCCCUUCCCCAGAUCUGUGCCUCGACACAAUCCUCUUUCAGAACUUUACAGAAAAUUCCUUCGACCUCAUGGCUUGGUUUUUGCUCUGACAUGCGCUGUCAACUAUAGGAUCUUAUAUAGACCAGUAAGCUGUGUGCCUUUCCAAAUAAUGUCCAAUCAAGUUGUAGAAACAUCUCAAGGAUGAUCAAUGGAAACAGGAUGAGCUCAAGUUAGUCUCAUAGCAAAAGGUCUGAAUACUUAAGUAAAUAAGGUAUUUGUUUUUUAUUUUUAAUGAAUUUGCAAAAACCUGUUUUCGCUUUGUCAUUAUGGGCUUUGUGUGUAGAUUGCUGAGAAUUGCUUUUAGAAUAAGGCUUCAAUGUAACAAUGUGCAAAAAGUCAAGGUGUGUGUGUAUGUAUGUAUGUAUGCGUUUGUUAAACAAAUACGUAUAUUUUAUAUUUGAGAUUCUUCGAAGUAGCUACCCUUUACCUUGACGGCUUUGCACACUUUUUGCAUUCUCUCAACCAGCUUCACCUAGAAUGCUUUACCAAACGUCUUGAAGGAGUUCCCACAUAUGCUGAGCACUUGUUUGCUGCAAUCCAACUCGUCCCAAACCAUCUCAAUUGGGAUGAGGUCGGGUGAUUGUGGAGGCCAUGUCAUCUGAUGCAGCGCUCCAUCACUCUCCUUGGUCAAAUAGCCUGGAGGUGUGUUGGGUCAUUGUCCUGUUGAAAAACAAGUGAUUAGUCCCCACUAAGCGCCAACCAGAUGGGAUGGCCUAUUGCUGCAGAAUGCUGUGGUAGCCAUGCUGGUUAAGUGUGCCUUGAAUUCUAAAUAAAUCACUGUCACCAGCAAAGCAUCAUCACACCUCUUCCUCCAUCCUUCACAGUGGGAACCACACAUUUUAUUUAUUUUUAUUUCACCUUUAUUUAACCAGGUAGGCAAUUUGAGAACAAGUUCUCAUUUACAAUUGCGACCUUGGCCAAGAUAAAGCAAAGCAGUUCAACACAUACAACGACAGAGUUACACAUGGAGUAAAACAAACAUAUAUUCAAUAAUACAGUAUAAACAAGUCUAUAUACGAUGUGAGCAAAUGAGGUGAGUUAAGGGAGGUAAAGGCAAAAAAAUGCCAUGGUGGCAAAGUACAAUAUAGCAAGUAAAACACUGGAAUGGUAGAUUUGCAGUGGAAGAAUGUGCAACGUAGAAAUAAAAAUAAUGGGGUGCAAAGGAGCAAAAUAAAUACAGUAGGGAAAGAGGUAGUUGUUUGAGCUAAAUUAUAGGUGGGCUAUGUACAGGUGCAAUAAUCUGUGAGCUGCUCUGACAGUUGGUGCUUAAAGCUAGUGAGGGAGAUAAGUGUUUCCAGUUUCAGAGAUUUUUGUAGUUCGUUCCAGUCAUUGGCAGCAGAGAACUGGAAGGAGAGGCGGCCAAAGAAAUAAUUGGUUUUGGGGGUGACUAGAGAGAUAUACAGUGCCUUACGAAAGUAUUCGCCCCCCUUGAACUUUGCGACCUUUUGCCACAUUUCAGGCUUCAAACAUAAAGAUAUAAAACUGUAUUUUUUUGUGAAGAAUCAACAACAAGUGGGACAUAAUCAUGAAGUGGAACGUCAUUUAUUGGAUAUUUCAAACUUUUUUAACAAAUCAAAAACUGAAAACUUGGGCGUGCAAAAUUAUUCAGCCCCCUUAAGUUAAUACUUUGUAGCGCCACCUUUUGCUGCGAUUACAGCUGUAAGUCGCUUGGGGUAUGUCUCUAUCAGUUUUGCACAUCGAGAGACUGACAUUUUUUCCCAUUCCUCCUUGCAAAACAGCUCGAGCUCAGUGAGGUUGUGAACAGCAGUUUUCAGUUCUUUCCACAGAUUCUCGAUUGGAUUCAGGUCUGGACUUUGACUUGGCCAUUCUAACACCUGGAUAUGUUUAUUUUUGAACCAUUCCAUUGUAGAUUUUGCUUUAUGUUUUGGAUCAUUGUCUUGUUGGAAGACAAAUCCCAGUCUCAGGUAUUUUGCAGACUCCAUCAGGUUUUCUUCCAGAAUGGUCCUGUAUUUGGCUCCAUCCAUCUUCCCAUCAAUUUUAACCAUCUUCCCUGUCCCCGCUGAAGAAAAGCAGGCCCAAACCAUGAUGCUGCCACCACCAUGUUUGACAGUGGGGAUGGUGUGUUCAGGGCGAUGAGCUGUGUUGCUUUUACGCCAAAUAUAACGUUUUGCAUUGUUGCCAAAAAGUUCAAUUUUGGUUUCAUCUGACCAGAGCACCUUCUUCCACAUGUUUGGUGUGUCUCCCAGGUGGCUUGUGGCAAACUUUAAACAACACUUUUUAUGGAUAUCUUUAAGAAAUGGCUUUCUUCUUGCCACUCUUCCAUAAAGGCCAGAUUUGUGCAAUAUACGACUGCUUGUUGUCCUAUGGACAGUGUCCCACCUCAGCUGUAGAUCUCUGCAGUUCAUCCAGAGUGAUCAUGGGCCUCUUGGUUGCAUCUCUGAUCAGUAUUCUCCUUGUAUGAGCUGAAAGUUUAGAGGGACGGCCAGGUCUUGGUAGAUUUGCAGUGGCCUGAUACUCCUUCCAUUUCAAUAUUAUCGCUUGCACAGUGCCCCUUGGGAUGUUUAAAGCUUGGGAAAUCUUUUUGUAUCCAAAUCCGGCUUUAAACUUCUUCACAACAGUAUCUCGGACCUGCCUGGUGUGUUCCUUUUUCUUCAUGAUGCUCUCUGCGCUUUUAACGGACCUCUGAGACUAUCACAGUGCAGGUGCAUUUAUACGGAGACUUGAUUACACACAGGUGGAUAGUAUUUAUCAUCAUUAGUCAUUUAGGUCAACAUUGGAUCAUUCAGAGAUCCUCACUGAACUUCUGGAGAGAGUUUGCUGCACUGAAAGUAAAGGGGCUGAAUAAUUCUGCACGCCCAAUUUUUCCGUUUUUGAUUUGUUAAAAAAGUUUGAAAUAUCCAAUAAAUGUCGUUCCACUUCAUGAUUGUGUCCCACUUGUUGUUGAUUCUUCACAAAAAAAAACAGUUUUAUAUCUUUGUUUGAAGCCUGAAAUGUGGCAAAGUUCAAGGGGGCUGAAUACUUUCGCAAGGCACUGUACCUGCUGGAGCGCGUGCUUCAGGUGGGUGAUGCUAUGGUGACCAGUGAUCUGAGAUAAGGGGGGGCUUUACCUAGCAUGGUCUUGUAGUUGACAUGGAGCCAGUGGGUUUGGCGACGAGUAUGAAGCGAGGGCCAGCCAACGAGAGCGUACAUGUCGCAAUGGUGGGUAGUAUAUGGGGCUUUGGUGACAAAACGGAUUGCACUGUGAUAGACUGCAUCCAAUUUGUUGAGUAGGGUAUUGGAGGCUAUUUUGUAAAUGACAUUCCCGAAGUCGAGGAUUGGUAGGAUGGUCAGUUUUACAAGGGAAUGUUCGGCAGCAUGAGUGAAGAAUGCUUUGUUUGCGAAAUAGGAAGCCUGUUCUAGAUUUAACUUUGGAUUGAUGAUGUUUGUUUUGGGUCUGGAAGGAGAGUUUACAGUCCAACCAGACACCUAGAAUAUGUGGACAACGACAAAUACCUAAGUCAGAGCAGUCCAGAGUAGUGAUGUUGGGCAGGUGCAGGCAGCGAUCAGUUGAAGAGCAUGCAUUUAGUUUUACUUGUAUUUAAGAGCAAUUGGAGGCCGCGGAAGGAGAGUUGGAUGGCAUUUAAGCUUGCCUGGAGGGUUGUUAUCAGUGUCCAAAGAAGGGCCAGAAGUGUACAGAAUGGUGUCGUCUGCAUAGAGGUGGAUCAGAGACUCACCAGCAGCAAGAGCGACAUCAUUGAUGUAUACAGAGAAGAGAGUCGGUCCAAGAAUUGAACCAUGUGGCACCCCCAUAGAGACUGCCAGAGGUCCGGACAGCAGACCCUCCGAUUUGACACACUGAACUCUAUCAGAGAAGUAGUUGGUGAACCAGGCGAGACAAUCAUUUGAGAAACCAAGGCUGUCGAGUCUGCCGAUGAGGAUGUGGUGAUUGACAGAGUCGAAAGCCUUGGCCAGAUCAAUGAAUACGGCUGCACAGUAAUGUUUCUUAUCGAUGGCGGGUAAGAUAUCGUUUAGGACCUUGAGCGUGGCUGAGGUGCACCCAUGACCAGCUCUGAAACCAGAUUGCAUAGCAGAGAAGGUAUGGUGAGAUUCGAAAUGGUCGGUAAUCUGUUUGUUGACUUGGCUUUCGAAGACCUUAGAAAGGCAGGGUAGGAUAGAUAUAGGUCUGUAGUAGUUUGGGUCAAGAGUGUUCCCCCUUUGAAGAGGGGGAUGACCGCAGCUGCUUUCCAAUCUUUGGGAAUCUCAGACGACAGUGCUGUUGACCGGGGCAGGAGUAGCCAGGUGAAAAGCAUGGCCAGCCGUAGAAAAAUGCUCAUUGAAAUUCUCAAUUAUAGUGGAUUUAUCAGUGGUGACAGUGUUUCCGAUCUUCAGUGCAGUGGGCAGCUGGGAGGAGGUGUUCUUAUUCUCCAUCGACUUUACAGUGUCCCAGAACUUUUGAGUUAGUGUUGCAGGAAGCAAAUUUCUGAAAAUUUCUUCCCUGAACAGCUGUAUAUCACGGGGGCUGUUCGAUGCUAAUGCAGAACGCCAUAGGAUGUUUUUGUGUUGGUUAAGGGCAGUCAGGUCUGGGGAGAACCAAGGGCUAUAUCUGUUCCUGGUUCUACAUUUCUUGAAUGGGGCAUGCUUAUUUUAAGAUGGUUAUGAAGGAUGAAGAAUGAAAAAAAAUAACCAGGCAUCCUCUACUGAUGGGAUGAGAUCAAUAUCCUUCCAGGAUACCCCGGCCAGGUCGAUUUAGAAAGGCCUGCUCGCUGAAGUGUUUCAGGAAGCGUUUGACAGUGAUGAGUGGAGGUUGUUUGACCACUGACCCAUUACGGAUGCAGGCAAUGAGGCUGAGAUCUUGGUUGAAGACAGCAGAGGUGUAUUUAGAGGGCAAGUUGGUUAGGAUGAUAUCUAUGAGGGUGCCCGUGUUUAAGGCUUUGGGGCGGUACCGGGUAGGUUCAUUGAUAAUUUGUGUGAGAUUGAGGGCAUCAAGCUUAGAUUCUAGGAUGGCUGGGGUGUUAAGCAUGUUCCAGUUUAGGUCGCGUAGCAGCACGAGCUCUGAUGAUAGAUGGGGGGGCAAUCAGUUCACAUAUGGUGUCCAGAGCUUGGGUCAGAGGGUGGUCUAUAGCAGGCGGCAACGGUGAGAGACUUGUUUUUAGAGAGGUGGAUUUUUAAAAGUAGAAGUUCAAAUUGUUUGGGUACAGACCUGGAUAGUAGGACAGACCUCUGCAGGCUAUCUUUGCAGUAGAUUGCAACACUGCCCCCUUUGGCAGUUCUAUCUUGUCUGAAAAUGUUGUAGUUUGGGAUGAAAAUUUCUGAAUUUUUGGUGGUCUUCCUACAUGCAGAGAUUGUCCUCACAAAGACACAGCGGUUGGAACCAAUAAUCUCAAAUUUGGACACAUUUCCACCGGUCUAAUGUCCAUUGCUCGUGUUUCUUGUCCCAAGCAAUUCUCUUCUUAUUGGUGUUGGUUAGUAGUGGUUUCUUUGCAGCAAUUUGACCAUGAAGUCCUGAUUCACACAAUCUCCUCUGAACAGUUGAUGUUGAUGUGUCUGUUACUUGAACUCUGAAGCAUUUAUUUGGGCUGCAAUAUCGGAGGAUGGUAACUCUAAUGAACCUAUCCUCUGCAGCAGAGGUAACUCUGGGUCUUCCUUUUCUGUGGCAUGGAGUGUGAUGGUUCUUGUGACUGGACUUGAAGAGACUUUCAAAGUUCUUUACAUUUUCCGGAUUGACUGUCGUUCAUGUCUUAAAGUAAUGAUGGACUGUUUCUCUUUGCUUUUUUGAGCUGUUCUUGGCAUACUAUGGACUUGGUCUUUUACCGAAUAGGGCUAUCUUCUGUAUACCACCCUACUGUAUCACAGCACAAUGGAUUUGCUCAAAAGCAUGAAGGAAAGAAAUUCCACAAAUUAACUUUUAACAAGGCACACUUGUUAACCUGUUUGGGCGCAUGAACCGCUAGCAGGACACCUACGACAACAUCUGGUGAAAUUGCAUAGCGCGAUAUUCAAAAUACAAAAAUCGUUCUUGAAAAUACAGGUGUUGUCAUAUUUCAAAAAGGCUUUAUGGUGAAAGCAUACCAUGCGAUUAUCUGAGGACAGCGCCCCACAUCUAAAUACUUUUUCAGCCAGCACAGGCAUCACAAUCACAAAUAGCGAUUAAAUAAAUUACUUACCUUUGAAGAUCUUCCUCUGUUUCCCAAGGGUCCCUGCUACACAAUGAAUGGUCGUCGCCAAUGAUCUCAGUAAUCCACUCAUUCAACAUGCAUACAAACAAAUCCAAAAAGUUACCUGUAAAGUUCAUCCAAACAAGUCAAACGAUGUUUCAAAUUAAUCCUCAGGUACUCUAAUAUCGAAAUAAACGAUAAUAUUUAAGAUGGAGAAUAGUAUGUUCAAUAGGGAACAUAAAUAACGAAGAGUGCGCACCUCAUUCACGCACCAACAAGACUACUUUUCUAAUGAGACACCUUCGAAAAACUACAACUACUUGCUCAUUUUUCAAACAACAAGCCUGAAACUCUUUCUAAUCACUUUUGACAUCUAGUGGAAGCCAUAAGAACUGCAAUCUGGGUCCUAUCUAUUUGUAUUUCCCAUAGGCUAGCAUUGAAAUGGCCUGUGUCCUCAAAAUAAAUUAUUUCUGGAUGUAUUUUCCUCGGAUUUCCGCCUGCCAUAUCAGUUCUGUUAUACUCAGACAUUAUUUUAACAGUUCAAGAGACUUCAGUGUUUUCUAUCCAAUGCUACCAAGUAUAUACAUAUCCUAGCUUCUGGGCCUGAGUAACAGGCAGUUUACUUUGGGCACGUCAGUCAUCUGAAAUUCCGAAUAAUUACCAGUAUGCUAAUGAAGAAUUGGAAUGCAUUCCAGGUGACUACCUCAUGAAUCUGGUUGAGAGAAUGCCACAAGUGUGCAAAGUUCUCAUCAAAGCAAAGGGUGUCUACUUUGACCAAUCUCAAAUAUAAAAUAUAUUUUGAUUUAACACUGUUUUUGGUUACUACAUGAUUCCAUAUGUUCCAUAGUUUUGAUGUCUUCACUAUUAUUCUACAAUGUAGAAAAUAGUAAAAAUAACCCUUGAGUAGGUGUCCAAACUUUUAACUUUUACUAUAUAUAUAUAUAUAUAUAUAUAUAUAUAUAUCAGUUGAAGUCGGAAGUUUACAUACACCAUAGCCAAAUACAUUUCAACUCAGUUUUUUAUCAUUUCUGACAUUUUAUCCUAGUAAAAAAUCCCUGUUUUAGAUCAGUUAGGAUCACCACUUUAUUUUAAGAAUGGGAAAUGUCAGAAUAAUAGUGAUUUUUAUUUCAGCUUUUAUUUCUUUCAUCACAUUCCCAGUGGGUCAGAAGUUUACGUACACUCAAUUAGUAUUUGGUAGCAUUGCCUUUAAAUUGUUUAACUUGGGUCAAAUGUUUUGGGUAGCCUUCCACAAGCUUCCCACAAUAGGUUAGGUGAAUUUCGUCCCAUUCCUCCUGACAGAGCUGGUGUAACUGAGUCAGGUUUGUAGGCCUCCUUGCUCGCACACACUUAUUCAGUUCUGCCCACAAAUCUUCUAUAAGAUUGAGGUCAGGGCUUUGUGAUGGCCACUCCAAUACCUUGACUUUGUUGUCCUUAAGCCAUAUUGCCUAAACUUUGGAAGUCUGUUUGGGGUCAUUGUCCAUUUGGAAGACCCAUUUGAGACCAAGCUUUAACUUCCUGACUGAUGUCUUGGUGUUGCUUCAAUAUAUACACAUUGUCAUUCCUCAUGAUGCCAUCUAUUUUGUGGAGUGCACCAGUCCCUCCUGCAGCAAAGCACCCCCACAACAUGAUGCUGCCACCCCCAUGCUUUACGGUUUGUAUGGUGUUCUUCGGCUUGCAAGCCUUCCCCUUUUUCCUCCAAACAUAACAAUAGUCAUUAUAGCCAAACAGUUCUAUUUUUGUUUCAUCAGACCAGAGGACAUUUCUCCAAAAAGUACUGUCUUUGUACUCAAAUGAUGUCAAUUAGCCUACCAGAUGCUUCUAAAGCCAUGACAUAAUUUUCUGGGAUUUUCCAACCUGUUUAAAGGCACAGUCAAUUUAGUGUAUGUAAACUUCUGGAAUUGUGAUACGGUGAAUUAAUCUGUAAACAAUUGUUGGAAAAAUGACUUGUGUCAUGCACAAAGUAGAUGUCUUAACCGACUUGCCAAAACUAUAGUUUGUUAACAAGAAAUGUGUGGAGUGGUUGAAAAACUUGUUUUAAUGACUCCAACCUAAGUGUCGGUAAACUUUGGACUUCAUCUGUAGAUAUUCAGUCCAUUCAGAAAGUUUUCAGACACCCUGACUUUUUCCACAUGUUGUUAUCAUACAGCCUUAUUCUGAAAUGGACAAUAAAAAAAAUACAUUCUCAUCAAUCUACACACAAUACCACAUAAUGACAAAGCAGAAACUGGUUGUUUGAAAUGUUUGAACAUUUAUUAAAUAUGUCCCUUUACUCAGUACUUUGUUGAAGCACCUUUGGCAGAUAUUACAGUAUUUAGUCCUCUUGGGUAUGACACUACAAGCUUGUCACACCUGUAUUUGGGGACUUUCUCCUAUUCUUUUCUACAAAGAUGCAUCGCAGCACAGCUUUUUUCUUGUCUCCAGAGAUCUUCGAUCAGGUUGAAGUCCGGGCUUUGGCUGUGCCACUCAAGGACAUUCGGAGACUUGUCCCAAAGCCACUACUACAUUAUCUUGGCUGUGUGCUUAAGGUCAUUAUCCUGUUGGAGGGAGAACCUUGGCCCCAGUCUGAGCUCCUAAAGGCACUCUGGAGCAGGUUUUCAUCAAGGAUCUCUGUAUUUUUCUCUGUUCAUCUUUCCCUCCAUAUUGACUAGUCUCCCAGUCCCUGCCACUGAAAAGCUUCAAACAGCAUGAUGCUGCCACCAUCAUGCUUAACUGCAGGGAUGGUGCCAGGUUUCCUCCAGACUUGACACCUGGCAUUCAGGCCAAAGAGUUCAAUCUUGGUUUCAUCAGACCAGAGAAUCUUGUUUAUCAUGGUCUGAGUGUCCUUUAUGGCAAACUCCAAGCGGGCUGUCAUGUGCCUUUUACUUCCGUCUGGUCACUCUACCAUAAAUGCCUAUUGGUGAAGUGCUGCAGAGAUGGUUGUCCUUCUGGAAGGUUCUCCCAUCUCCACAGAGGAACUAUGGUGCUCUGUCAGUGACAUUCGGGUUCUUGGUCACCUCUCUGACCAAGUCCCUUCUCCCCCGAUUGCUCAGUUUAGCCGGGCAGCCAGCUCUAGGGGGAGUCUUGGUGGUUGAAACCUCUUCCAUUGAAGAAUGAUGGAGGCCACUGUGUUCUUGGGGACCUCCAAUGCUACAGAAAUGCUGUGGUACCCUUCCCCAGAUCUGUGCCUCAACACAAUCCUGUCUAGGAUCUCUACAGACAACUCCUUUAAACUCAUGGCUUGGUUUUUGCUCUGACAUGCACUGUCAACUGUGGGACCUUAUAUAGACAGGUGUGUUCCUUUCCAAGUCAUGUCCAAUCAAUUGCAUUUACAACAGGUGUACUCGAAGUUGUAGAAACAUCUUGAGGAUGAUCAAUGGAAAUAGGAUGCACCUGAGCUCAAUGUCGAGUCUCAAAGCAAAGGGUCUGAAUAUUUAUCUAAAGAAGGUAUUUCUGUUUUUUAUUUUUUAUACAUUCAAACAUUUCUAAACCUGUUUUCCAUUUUUCAUUAUGGUGCUUUGUGUGUAGAUUGAGGAAAUGUUUUUAUUUAAUCUGA